AUGGAUCUAUCUGCGCCAGUCAACAGCGCCUUCACCAAGGCUUUGCCCAAAGUAGAGCUGCACGCCCAUCUGAGUGGAAGCAUUAGUCGCCAGUGCUUGCACGAGAUCUGGAAACGCAAGAAGGCAAAGAAUCCUCAAUUCCCAAUUGAGGAUCCUCUCGUGCUCAUGCCCCCAGGCAAGCGACUAACACUGCGCCACAGCUUCUUCCAAGUCUUCUCCAAACUCAUUUAUCAACUAUGCAACGACUUGGAUAGUCUCGCAUACGCCGUCACCAGCGUCCUCGAAGAUUUCCUCGCUGAUGGAGUGCGCUACCUGGAGCUCCGAACGAUUCCUCGAGCAUCCCCAGAAUCAAACAUCACCUCAGAAGACUAUCUAACCACGGUCCUGGAUACCAUCCAGACAUUCAAAUCCGGGAACCAAGAAAUGUCUGUGUUCCUCAUCUUGGCUCUAGAUCGCGGCAAUACCACCCCCAUCGAAGCAAUGCGCAUCAUCGACCUUGCAAUAACCACCAAGCCGCGCGGGGUUGUCGGCGUCGACCUCUGCGGUAAUCCGACGCAAGGCGACGUCACACUCUACCGCGACGCAUUCGCCCGCGCAAAAUCUCACGGCCUUGGCCUGACGCUGCACUUUGCCGAAACACCAGCCUCCGGCAGCCCGGCUGAGCUAGCUGCGUUGCUUUCAUUCCAGCCUGACCGGCUUGGGCAUGUCAUCCACGUGCCUGAUGAGUUCAAGAGGGAGAUUACGCGGCGAAGGCUUGGGCUGGAACUUUGUUUGUCGUGCAAUGUGCAUGCGAAGCUGAUUCAGGGGAGUUUUCUGGAUCACCAUUUUGGAGAAUGGAGGCACGAGGAAUGUCCCAUUGCUCUGUGUACUGAUGAUGUGGGCUUCUUCUGUAGCCCUGUCUCGAAUGAGUAUCUUCUUGCUGCUGAACAUUUUGAACUCGGCCGUGCUGAGUUACUGAAGUUGUGCUCUGGCUCGGUGGAGGUUAUUUUUGGAGGCGAGCAGGAAAAGGCGAGACUACGAGGCAUGCUUCGUGACUUCUCGGGGAAGACAACAGAGAGGGGUUACGCGCGGGUCACUGCAACUUAG